UCUUUUGCACUUUCCCAAACAGACCCACACUGCAGCACGCAAAUUUAUUUACAAGGUUAACUCAAAAUCUUGUGCUGCCCAAGAAACGAAGGCUGCUGCUUGUUUGACACGCUGUCAUUUUAACAAACGAUCAUUUCUGCACAAACUUGGAGGUUUAGAUGAUUUUCUGAGAUUCUCUAAGGUUUAGAUGAUUUUCUGAGAUCAUGCUGAGAUCAUGCGGUAGAGAGCAGGGAAACACGUGAAGAGCGUUUGGGCCAAUCAGUUCUGCAGCACAGGCCGAGUAUAAAACUGAAAACAGACGCGCGCACGGGGCUCACGUACUGAACCAGACAGAGCACCGACUAACCAGAUCUCAGGUUUUCUAGAAAACAAUAUUGAGGAAAACUUGAAAAUUGGAUGCUUUGAUGGUGAUCCUGAUGCCCGUACCAUGUCGGACUUGAAGGCCUGUGCUGUUGUGAUCAGGAACCCCCCUCCUCCUGAGUUUGUGAACCCAAAGAAGCCCGGGCGGGUGACUAACCAGCUGCAGUAUUUGGAGCGUAUAGUGCUUAAAGCACUAUGGAAACAUCAGUUUUCAUGGCCCUUUCGACAGCCAGUCGAUGCUGUGGAGCUACAUAUACCAGAUUAUUAUAACAUUAUUACAAAUCCCAUGGAUCUAGGAACCAUCAAGAAGCGUCUCCAGAACAAGUACUAUUGGAAAGCACUUGAAUGUUUACAAGACUUUAACACUAUGUUCUCGAAUUGCUACAAGUACAAUCGGCCAGGGGAUGACAUUGUUUUUAUGGCACAAACCUUGGAGAAACUCUUUUUGCAAAAAAUAUCCAAAAUGCCUAAAGAUGAGUGUGACGUUAAUGAAUAUAUUGGAGAAGAUGCUAUCAAACUCAAGAGUUUAUGCAGUGCAGGUGAAGCAAAGCACAAACCUUCUGUAUCUGAAGUCGUGGUUCAACAGACGGUAACAGUUGUCCCCCCUGAGGCUUCUCAUAAUCAUAUUUCCAAAAAGAUCCCCAAAUUACAUGAGGCCGCUACAAUUAAGAGUCUGAAGAGAAAGGCAGAGGCAGCAGUGCCACCAGCUCUGCCCAAGGCUGAACGAUAUUCUCAAGGAGAACCCUCCACUAUGUGUCCCCUGAGGAGAGGCAGCGGGCGACCCAUCAAGCCCCGAAAAAAAGACCUUCCAUCCUCAGAGGUGAAAAAGGGCCGCCUGACUGAACAGCUCCGAAGCUGUAAUGACAUCCUGAAGGAGCUCUUCUCUAAGAGGCACUAUGCCUACGCCUGGCCCUUCUACACCCCUGUGGACGCUGUGGCUUUGGGCCUUCAUGACUACCAUGAAGUUAUUAAGCAGCCCAUGGACCUGGGCACUGUACGGAAAAAAAUGGAGGAACGACAGUACACUCGUGCCAAAGAGUUUGCUGCUGACAUCAGACUAAUGUUUUCGAACUGCUACAAAUACAACCAGCCAUCAGAUGAGGUGGUCUACAUGGCCAGAAAGCUCCAGGACGUAUUUGAAGCAAGAUAUUUUAAAAUCACAGGGGAUUCUGAAAGUUUAGGUGCUCCUGUUGGGAAUUUGAAGAAAGAAACAGAAUCCAGAGUUGGACAUCAUUUGACCUCAGAGAGCUCAGACAGCGAGAGCUCUUCAGAGACCGAAAACUCCACUGAGGAUGUGACUACGCAGCUGGCCAACCUGGAGGAGUGGUUAAAAGAGAUGAGCAAGCACCUGAGAAGAAUGAAGUCAAAAAAGGACAAGUUAAAAAAGGACAAAAAAUCGAAAACUAUCUCAAAAUCAAAACGCAAAUCAUCGAAAUACAAGUCUCUGCUAGAACAAAUGAAAAAGAAGAAGUCCUUAAAAUACUUGAAGUAUGAGAAUGAAUUAUCAAAGCCGAUGUCUUACCAAGAGAAGAAACAGCUGAAGCUUGACAUUAACCGUCUGCCUGGGGACCGAAUGGGGAAGCUGGUGAAGAUCAUCCACGACAAAGAGGCCUGUCACAGAGACACCACCCAGGAGGAGAUCGAGGUGGACUUUGAUGUGCUCAAGAACUCUACCCUCCAAGAGCUGAAGAAAUAUGUCUCAUCAUGUCUGAAGAAAGAAAAGAAUAGAAAACAGCAAUGCAAGCCAGCAGAACAAAGUCAGAAUGGUAUUUUUAAAGAUGUGUGGAAAACCCAGGUUGCCCCUAAAGAUCACUUUGUAGUACAUAAAAAGCCACCUGCUCCCAAAUCUUUGCCCCCGCAGCUUCUCCGAGCACCAGCCCUCAGUGCGAGCAGCAGCAGCUCCAGCUCCAGCAGUGAGUCUGACUCUGAGAGCUCCGACUCUAACACAGUGUCACCAGCAAAGAGAUGGAGCAAAUCAAACUUGAUAAAGUCAACAGGGCCCUGUGGUAGCACUGGCAAACAGACCUCUGCACCUAAAGACCUGAGCACUGGACGGAUCAGACCACACACGUACCCCUCUGUGCACUCUUCAGUCACAGAGAGUAAAAACUUACUACCUAAACAGCGACUGACUGACUGCAACGGUAAUGAGCUGCCUCUACCUCCCCCAGAUUUAUCAACGCUUUUAUCUCCAAUGGUUUCUCCAGGGAUCAUUCUGGACUGGGCAUCUACCAGAUUUGAGCAAGAGCCUGUGCUGUCCCCUCUGAGCGACAGUCCAGUGCAGCUGAAAGAUCAGAGCAGUGCCAAUUUCAGAGAUUCUGAGGAUUUCACUUGCACCAACACAAGUAAAACCUCAGAGGAAGACAAAUCCCAACUCACCAAAAAGGACAUUGUUUUGAAAAAUGCUGAGUCUUGGGCCAAAGUAGUGAGAGAGUCUGUCACCUCAGUCCCCAUCAAGUCUUCCAUGGAGAGUUUUCAGCAGUUUAGGAAAGCUGCGAUGGAGAAGGAGGAACGAGAGAAGGAGCUAAAGAAAAGACAAAUGGAGAAACACAUAGAGAAAGAAGCCAAUGAGCACACCAGUCUUCCAGCAGGGUCGUUUAAAAAUGAAAAGCACCAGUCUCCAGAAAAACCUGCCUCACCCCCGAGGAUUGGCUUAGACCCACUCUCCGAAAUCCUAAAAGACGUUGAGAUCCGUAAGCCAGUGUCCCCUCAGGAACCCCAGGAUGUUCCCUCACUCUCACCCGUGGACAGGGAACGAGAAAUCGCACGGAGGAGGGAGCAGGAACGGCGCAGGAGAGAGGCGAUGUGUGGUAUUGAUAUGUCAAUGCAGAGAGACAUCAUGACUAGCUUUGAGCUCAACUUGGACUAAACAAAAACAAGGCAAAAAAAAACAACUUUGAAAAUACUUGAUGAUCUUCAGACACCAUAACACCUCUGAAUUGUGGUUAAAAUAGAAUAUCUAUUGCAAAGUAAAAGAAUAUAAAAAUUGUAUUAUAAAAUGUUGCCUUUCAUUAUUAUUUAUACUGUUUACACCUACAAAAUGUAUUCAUUUGGUGAAUCAAAGGUGCACUUGCAUGUUGGUGUUGUACAAGUGGCCAUAUCCUGUAAAAAAUAUACAUAUAAUUUGACAACACAAUUUUCAUGUUAUAUAUUUCCAGAAUACAGUUACUUGAAAUCUAGAGAUGGAUAAGCAAGGUUUUACCAUAUCACACAAUUCAGUCAUUAAUAAAAGGCCACUUGAUAGUUUUGUUUUGUUUUUUUAUUUGGGCAUAUUUGGACUUUAAAAAGAUUUCUACACUUUGAUUUGUCAAUACUACAUGGCAUCACUUUAUUGUGCUAAUCUUUCCCUACUCGCACUUUAAAACCAUUCUACCUACAGUUCCAAAGUUACGAUUGGGACAGCAUAAGUAUUCUGUAUGUUAGUUUGUAUGUUAUAGUUUUCUACUUGAGGAAUAAAGUUAUUUUUCACUACUUCA